AUGUCAUCGCCGUGGGAGUCCUUCAGCCAGACCGAAAUCCUUCCAUUGGGAUCGGACCCCUUAGACAACCUCUUGAAUGAUGGGUUCGAGGGAAACGAUAAUGAGGAGGUAGACGCGCAUCAAGAGAGCACGACAGAGGAAGACUCGGAUGAAGAUCUUCAGCCCAAGGUUGGAUCAGCCAAGAAAUUCGACAAGGUCAAGGCCGCUUCUGUCAGCGUCCAGCGAGGCCCAGAUCGUGAUCAACUUCCCGAGCCCGAGUCUAGCAAGAAGUCUAAGAAGAGCAAAGCUACUGAUCGAUCCAAGCCCAAGGUUGAGUCUAAGAAGGACAAAAUGCGGCGUACAGUUGUCCGCAUGGACAGUCUUGGCGAGUCCGAUGAUGACGGCAACGACUUUUUCCAAGGCAACGUGGGCGGUGAUUUGGGUACACCCAAAGCCCUCAAAGCCGCCUCAAAGAAGCGUGGCCGCCUUUCCAUCGCCGAUGACGGCGAUGAAGUCGAUACUCCAAAGAAGAAAAAACAUCGGGGUCGCCUUUCUCUCAAGAACAAGGCUGCCGAAGAUCCUAAGCCAGAGGACGCUGUCCUUCAGUCUGGUCGUAGGGGCCGGGGUCGCCCUUCCAAGUCUGCACAGAAAACCACAGAUAGUGCCAAUGUCCCUGUCACCGAAGCAUCAACGCCAGCGAAGAGAAAGAAGCAGAAGCGAAGCACUACGGCGGAAAUUUCGGAGACGGCCGUGGAGAACGCAACACCGUCGCGACCGGUACGAGCCGCAGCUGAAUCCGCCAAGGCAGGGAUCCUUGCGACUAACAAGCCACAACGCUAUGCCGAAGAGCCACCAACAUCGGCUCAGGGCAAAAGGGGCAUUUCUCGGCGCGUAAGCAACAAUGGACGUGGCAGGAAAAAGUUUGUUUACGACGUUGAAAAACUGGUCGAUUCCAAGGUCGAGGACGAUGGCCGAAAGUUGUACCAUGUGAAAUGGAUCAACUACCCUGAUUCUGAGAACACCUGGGAGCCCCUGGAACACCUGAAGGGUUGCCUAGAUCUUGUUCAAGCCUUUGAUGCUGCCGAGCUCAAGAAGAGUCCACAGAAAAGCCCGAAGAAGGGAAGAAAGGUCAAGGGCAGGAAGGCCAAGGUUUGA